AUGGACCUGAGAAACAAAGUGAAAAUUGCAUUAAUUCAUCCUGAUCUAGGCAUUGGUGGUGCUGAGAGAUUAAUGGUUGACAUUGCCAUUGGGUUGCAAAAUUUGGGCCACACUAUAACUAUCCAUACAAACUUUUUUGAUCCAAACCAUUGUUUUAAAGAAGACUGUUCGCAGCUAAAAAUCGAAACCUAUGCUCAAGGUAUUCCAAAUACUUUCUUUAAUAAAUUCUACAUUUUAAUAAAUAAUUUGAAGCAAAUUUAUUUAAUUCUAUAUGUUCUUUUCUUUUACAAUGAAACUUAUGAUUUUUUUAUAAUAGACCAAAAUCCAAUUUCAAUUUUGUUUAUUUUCCUUUAUAGAUUCUGGCUUAAAUUAUUCAUCAAUAUAUUAAUAUUGGACGAAAAGCGUUACAAAAUACCCAGGUGUUUGUUUUAUUGUCAUUUUCCCGAUCAGAAUUUAGCUAAAAGAGACUCAAAUUUGAAAAAAAUUUAUAGGAUCCCAUUUGAUUUUAUUGAAGAAUUUUCAUUAUAUUUUUCUGAUAAAAUAUUUGUCAAUUCAAAUUUCACAAAAAAAGUAUUCAAUGAAACCUUCACUUGGUUAUCAAAAAAGUCAAAUAAUAAACCUUUGGUUAUUUAUCCUUGUGUUGAUUUAUCUAAAAUACCUCAAAAUAAUGACUUUUUUAAUGAAUUUGGGAAUUUUUUACAAAAUAAACCAAAUUUUAAAUAUUUUUUAAGUAUCAAUCGUUUUGAAAGAAAAAAAAACAUUGAAUUAGCAAUAAAAUCGUUUUCUAAAAUUCCUCUGUUAAAUGAUGAAAGCAAAAACAUUAAAUUAUUGGUUUCAGGCGGUUAUGAUUCAAAAGUAAUAGAAAAUGUUGAGUAUUUAAAGGAAUUGGAAAAUUUAACAAAAGAAUUACAAUUGAGUUCAACAAUAAUCAAUACAUCGACUCAAAAAUUUUCUUAUGAUUUGAUUUCCAAUUAUCAGGUUAUAUUUUUGCCUUCAAUUUCUUCAAAUUUGAAAGAUCUAUUUAUUUUGAACGCUGAAUGUUUGCUUUAUACUCCAUCAUAUGAACAUUUUGGCAUUGUUCCUUUAGAGGCAAUGAAAUUCAAUACCUUGGUUUUAGCUGAUGUCACUGGAGGUCCAACUGAGACCAUUUUGCCAAUUGAUAAAUUUGGUACAGAUGGAACUGGCUGGUUAAAAGAAACUGAUCCAAAUAUUUGGUUUAAAAUCUUGGUUAAAAUUUUGGAAUGGGAUGACAAUGAAAAAUCUCUUUAUAAAAAAAAUGGGUACAACCAUAUUGAGAAGAAUUUUACAAGAGAGGUUAUGUGUAGUAAGAUUGAUGAAGUUAUUCAAAAAAAUCUGUAA